AUGCUCACAUACGAAAGUGCGUGCAAUGUGGCAUUGUCCUGGGAAGCAGCAAAGCGACAGAAUGAUGAGAUGAACCCAAAUGAAGCACAAAAAGAGAUAGCAACAGUGCGAACCAAGGCGACCAGCACACCAGCUAGAUCAGCGUCGGAAGAGCAGGACGAAUGUAGGCAAGCGGAGAUGGCGGCGUUACGACGUACAAAAUGGAAUAAUUAUUCGCCUGCCGCACGUGGUGAGCGAAAUCGAGUAAGCAGAAAUACCAGAAGUGUAUUGUGUUAUCGGUGCGGUAGACAGCAUGAUCCAAAUCAGUGUCCAGUUAAAGCGUGGAAUUGUUAUGCGUGUGGUAAAACGGGACACGUCGCAUCGUGCUGCAGGAGCAAUCGAAAAGGCAUGAGAGCCUUCGAGAAGGAACAAGGGGAAGAAGAGGAAGAAGGCGUAGAACAUAUGGAGAUGUACGACUAG